UCAACUGGCUUUAGCACAGGAGUGGGUGGCAGUUCCAGCUUGGUCUUUUUACCUUAUUGUCUUAACAUUAUGGUAUGAGUGAAAGAGAAAACGAUGAAUCUCCGGGGUUUCUUUCAAGAUUUCAAUCCGAGCAAAUUCCUGAUCUAUGCGUGCCUGCUGCUGUUCUCUGUGUUACUGGCAUUGCGGCUGGAUAACACUAUUCAGUGGAGCUACUGGGCGGUGUUUGCGCCCAUCUGGCUUUGGAAACUCAUGGUCAUCAUUGGAGCAUCUGUGGGAACUGGAGUCUGGGCUCACAACCCUCAGUACAGGGCUGAGGGUGAGACCUGCGUGGAGUUCAAGGCAAUGCUAAUUGCUGUCGGGAUCCACCUACUACUCCUAACAUUCGAGGUGCUGGUAUGUGAUCGUGUGGAGAGAGGCACGCACUUCUGGCUGCUGGUCUUCAUGCCUCUCUUCUUUGUCUCCCCUGUCUCUGUGGCUGCAUGCGUUUGGGGCUUCAGACAUGACCGCUCGCUAGAGCUGGAGAUCUUGUGCUCUGUAAACAUAUUGCAGUUCAUCUUCAUCGCGCUGCGGCUAGAUAAGAUCAUCACCUGGCCAUGGCUGGUGGUGUGCGUGCCGCUCUGGAUUCUCAUGUCCUUCCUUUGCCUCGUGGUGCUCUAUUACAUCGUCUGGUCCGUGCUGUUCCUGCGCUCGAUGGAUGUCAUUGCUGAGCAGCGGCGCACUCACAUCACCAUGGCCAUCAGCUGGAUGGCUAUAGUGGUCCCAUUGCUGACCUUUGAGAUCCUUCUUGUCCAUAAAUUAGAUGGCCAUUACCACUCUAAAUUUGUCCCAGUCUUUGUGCCUCUCUGGGUCUCUCUGGUGACACUGAUGGCAACUACAUUUGGCCAAAAAGGAGGCAAUCAUUGGUGGUUUGGCAUCCGUAAGGACUUCUGCCAGUUCCUCCUGGAGCUUUUCCCCUUCCUGCGGGAGUAUGGCAACAUCUCCUACGACCUGCAGCACGAGGACUCAGAAGUGGCCGAGGAGCCACCCGUCCAUGAGCCACCCAAGAUCGGCCCCAUGUUCCGCAAGAAGACGGGCGUGGUCAUCACGCAGAGUCCUGGGAAGUACUUUGUGCCUCCCCCUAAACUGUGUAUCGACAUGCCAGAUUAAUAAAAUGAAAUGAAAUAAGGGGGUGGGAUAGGGGACUCGAUCCAUGAGCAGAGAGCAGAAGUGCAACACUGUCCUGGCAUUCACUUCAGGUCACUUGCAAAUAAGGACGCAGGACGGUCCAGAAGAGCGGAGGCUUUUGAUAAGCUCGCCUCUUGACUGGCCAUGACCUUAAUGAAAUAGCACUCGUGUUGGAACCCGAACCAAGUUGUGAGCUGAGCGUGUGGCUUGUGGUUUGACCCUUCCCUGCGAUAAAGUCUCUGUUCCAUGGUCCUAUAUCUACACCGCUCCUUGAGAGGAUCGCACAGGCCAAACGCCUUCGGAGGGAAGGGCAUUACAACUUUUCCUGACAGCUGUACCCUAUGGGAUAACUCAGGAAGACGUUCCUGUAAUACAUAUAUAAAUAACCAGGACUCAAUUUUCUUUUCUCUUCAUAGACAAACAUGUUACUUCGUUCUCUGUCAUAUUGUCAUAAUGUUAGUGUGUGACAGUAGUAUUAUUAGGCUGUCUGAAUGCUGUUAGUUGUUCUGGUUUUUGUUUUUUUCCCCCUGCGUAUGCCAUGCAUGAUGUACUGCAGUGAAAUGAGUAGGGGGAAAAGGUUAUGUAGCAAAGCCAAAGAACAUUAGCAUAAGAUACCAAGCUUGAUUUGGGUGAAUUUAUUUUCCAACAGCGGAGGUGUUUGUUGUGUUUUUUGUUUUGUUUUUUCCUCUCCACGUUAUGUGCAAGUGUGGCAGCACUGCUCAAACGGAAUUAAUCUCCCUGUCACUUUUACAUUUGUAGGUAGUCAGUCAGUGUUUACUAGAACACUAUGCUUGCUAUGGCUA